AUGCGUACUUCCAACAUCGUCGCUAUUCUUGCUUCAGUGAGCACGGUCACUGCGCUCGCCCUCCCUGUAGUUGACGCCCCAGCAGCUCCAGCAGUAGAAGAUCGCCAAGUCACAACCACUAACGCCGGACCGGACUCAUUUUUGGCCAAACUUGUCGAUAUCAAUAAUGAGGUAGUGCAGGUGAGGCUUGGUGUCACCGGCCUUGAGGGUGCAAACUUCCCAUCCAGGACAACUGGCCUCAGUGGUCUUUUGGCAUCCUUGGGGCUUGACCAAGUCUUCAAUAAGCUUCUCAACGAUGUCCUCAGGCCUCUUUUUGCUCGCCUGAGCGGAGGCGGUGGACUUCAAACCACCUUUGGCAGCCUCUUAUCUCAGCUACAAGACUUCAAUGCAACAGGCCAAGGCCUCUCACUCGACCAGUCGCAACAGAUUAUUUCUCAGCUCACCAGCUUCCAAGGAAAUCUGCAGCAGGUUCUGGACCAGUUUGCUGCUAGGAAGCCUGAUUUCACUGCCAUCUCUGGUGGCGCUGGCAACUCUGUUUCUAUCUUCAACCGUGUGCAAACAAUUCUGGGAGGAGUUUUGGGUCUGGGCAACGGCAACGUCGGCACUGCUUUGGACGGAAUCCGCAGCUUCCUGACGCAGACUCUACUGAACAGCAACCUCCUCACCGGUAGCAACUCGGUGCUCCUCCAGCGCAUCGACCCUUCUCUUCGACAAACCCUGGAGGGCCUCUCGAGCUCACUUCAAACCAUUUUGAACAGCUCGAUCAACCUUUACGCCAAAUAG